AUGCCAUUACCAAAGCAAACAACAGACCUAACUCUCGCCCUCCAAGCCCUAAUCUACCGUAUCCGCCAGCUCAUCAGAGAACGUCGCGGCUACUCCAAGGCCAAAGCGCGCGAACUCGCCAAACUCCUCAAGGACGGGCGCGAGGACUUUGCCCGCAUCAAGACGGAAGAAGUGAUCGCCAAUGAUAAUUUGAUUGCGGCGCUCGAGAUUAUUGAGCUGCACUGCGAGCAGUUACAUGUCCGCGUGAAUAUACUGGACCAUAUCGCGUUUGGACAGAACCGGAAAGGCAAGGCACCGGCGGUGAGACGGAGGGGUAAUCACCCCGGAAGCGGUAGGGUUGCGCCUGGGCCUGCGGCUGGAGAAGGUAAGAGUGGCAAUGGAGGAUGGGGGCUUUGGAAGUUUUUGGGGCUUGGUGCAGGCUCGCAGGGUCAGGCUCCGGAUGAUGCUGGACGUCAACCAACGGAAGAUCCGGGCCUGGCAAAACACAAUGUUGGGGAUGGAGUAGUGAAGGGCGGUGACCAAACCCACAAAGAGCUAGAGCUGGAGCCAGAGCCGGAGCCAGAGCCGGAGGUUUUCAUCGAGCCCGAGCUCGAUCGUGCCGCCGCUGUGAUAUUCUACUCCUACCCGCGCUUACCUCGAGAUAUCGCUGGUCUACCGGAGCUCCGUGUUAAGUUAAUACAGAGAUGGGGUAAUGAUUUUGCGAGUAGAGUGCAGGAUGAUGAUGAGCCGCCUGUUGAGCUACCCGAAGAACUAGUGGAGCGGCUACGGGUGCAGAGAGCGUCGCCGGUUUUGGUGGAGAAGUAUCUGAAGGAGAUUGCAAGGAGUCAUGGGAUACGAUGGCACCAGGAUGAAGAUGAAGACGAUGGUGAUGACGACGACCAAGGCCAGGCUGUCGAAAACAACCAGUUGCCAGAGAUCGCUGGGAAAGACCCGGCUUCACGAGCAGAUGCGCAAGCUGCCGACGACCGCGGAAAAAGAAGCCCGCCUGGUGAUGUGAAAGGAGUCGAAACGCCGAGUAGCACGGCAGCUGAUAUUCUUCCACUAGAAUCACGGACGUCAGAACCCCAUGAGAGUACUGUUGGCGGUGGCAUCCCUGAAGUGGAUGAGUUGGCAAAGAGAUUCGCCGCUCUAAAGAGAUGA